AUGGCUUGCAACAGUUGGGAGAAGCUGUGUAAGGCUCAGCGCGACUACCCAAAAGCGAAGUUCGCAGACUCGUUCGUACAAAAGUCGCUCAAGAAGACGCCCAAGAACCCAUUUCUCUUGGCAUGGAAAGCUCGGUUAUGUCUUACAUUGAACAAUGUGGACGCCGAUGUAGCAAAUCUGGUACAACAGGCCUGGGAACAGCCAGGGGUGAACGAUAUUCGGCUGCUGUCCUACUUAUAUAAGAUCUUAGCCGACGCUACGCGGAAAGAUCAGGACAAUAACCUAAACAUCAGCGGAGUGGGCGACGGAAACCUCAAAGUUUGGCAACGUGCUGCGAAAGCCUUGGGACGCAAGGAAGACCGUCAAGAUCUCUGGUCUGCUCUAGCUAAUGUGGCAUUGGCAGAGGAAUGCUGGGAGGACUUCCGCCUGGUACGUAAGAACCCGGCAUCUGGCCACGACCUGGUUGCUGUCUUUCACUACAGCAAAGAAACCAAGGAAGGCGCCGGAUUAACAUCUGCAAAAAAGCAUGCUCACUUCACGCAAACACUCGCUAUUCAACUCGCAGCUGAACAGCAGUGUGGACUUCCCCAGGGCGAGAUGAAAAGCAAACUUCAAUUCGACCUGGCUCGUAGACUUUUGAAACAAGCAUACGAGGCCGCUCCAGAUGACCCCAUCGCUUUCAAGGAUAUACGCGACUUGCGUUUUAUGGGCGAGAUCUUCGCGCGGCAAGCGAAGUGUAGCGAGCUGUUCGAACACUGGAACCACCCGCCUGCAGCCCUCCAGGACCUUAUGACGAAACAUCGGGGUGACUUGUGGGGCAUGAAGAUUAGACUUGCACGGCAGAGUAAAGAAUGGUCUCUACUUGAAAGCCAGUGUCUUGCGUACAUUGAGCGCAUUAUAUCACAGCAGGAAAGCCUUCGAGAGACUUGUGCCUGGAAGAAAGAUAUUUGGACAUCCUUAUUAGCCACCGCGUACGCAACACGCUCCGCUGACGAUGCUGUUCGCCUGAUCUCCGAUAUCACAAGUCGUACUUUCAACCCGGAGGAGUUCCAAAGCCAAGACCGCCCCUUGAGACUUGCGUACAUGACACUUCGCCAGAAUGUCGCUUCAGGAACUCCAAUGCUGACCGACUGUAAGACGUACUGGAAGAACCACGCGAACCUUAUCACAUGUUACGCAGAUAUUCGACCCUUCCUAGAUGGGAUGACCCCAGAGGAUCGAGGAGAUCUCUGGGAUUUUGCGCAAACUCACUGGGAAGACGCGAGGAAGUUAAUGGCACAGAAUCAGUACCCAGCUCAAGACUGGGUUGUUCAUUGCGGUAAUCGUCUGAAGUUGGGUUAUCUUUUCUGGAUAUCACUGUCGACACCAUCUGCUCAAAGAUGGCAAGGGCUCAUGGAGGUACCUUUGGUCGCCGCAUUGCGAGCUCCUCAGUUACAGUCACCCAGGUCGCCUGAAGGUUUUGUCGCGAUAUACACACUUCUCUGGAUGCACCAUGAAGCUAUGCGCAACGAAGAGCCCGAUCAUCCCUUCGGAAAUACGCCAAAUUCACGAGUUCUCCUUCAAGCUGCAAUGUUGGCGCGCCAUUUGGUGGCGAGCGACAAGGAAAAGCAAAACAGACCGCUAGCACUACUUGCUGCACGGCUACAUCUGAACCUCGGUCUAGGAAAAUCCGCUUUCCAGUUGUACGGCCACACCAAAUGCAAGGAGAUGCUAGUGCAUACUUUGUCACCAUAUGUUCUGUCACGCAUCUCACUGACACAUCCAUUUGGUGCCAAAGGCUACCAAGGAUUCUCAGCCGAAGAGGAACUAGGAAAAGCUGUCGGGACAAUGGAGAGAAUGGAACGCAAGCUUAAUGAGGCAGUAUGUUCUGAUCUCCAGUCGCUUCCAUGGGAUCAAGCUAUGGAACUAUUGGCCGCGAAACGGGACUUCAAGUCGAGCUUGACAAAGCACAUAUGCAAUACAGAGAGCCGUCGUAUAGCACGACUCAAGGGUGAACCGAUCGAUAACAUUCCCGUUAUUGACUCAAGUAGCUACCGGAAUAUCAAGGACGUCGUGGAUAGAACCAUAUUCCCCAACUACGAGCACAGUCAGCAUCCUGGACCACUUUCAUACAUCAUGCCCAACGGCCUUCCGGAAGUUCAUUGGCUGGCCAAGAGCCUUGAUAUCUGGGACGCUAGCAGUAGAUAUCUCUAUAGAGAGACACAGGUGUUGGAGUACCAGGGCAAAUGGAUACACCAAGUUGCCAUGCCUCCGGAUCAUGCCUGGGAAACUGAGCCUGACAUGACGCUUGCCGAAUACCAAGUUGAGGACGCAUGGGUGGGAAUCAAUCUCAUCGUUAAGACGAUGAACUUGCUAGGAUUUUCUUUCGAAAAGCUUCCUGGAGCGCUGGAAGCACUUCUGGAAAUGGUUUCCACGAUGCGACUUGCAAUGGAGAAACUGCGUAUGCCUGGCGCCACGCACCAAAAACCCGAAGAUGAACCCACCAUGUUCCACGAGAACAUGCUGAUGUCCUGCUAUACCAAGUUCGAGGUCCUGCGCGCACUCAUCAAGUUGAUCGAACACCUACGCGAGAAGGUCAUCAAUGCGAAGACCCACCGCAUGAAGGCCAAGUUACCAAAGAGCUGGGUCAAUGACAUGGAAACUGAGACGAAGAAUUGUUUCGAGGCGAUACGAGAUGUGGCGCAUAGCUACAUCAAUCUUAUCGAACAGAGAGGACGUGCUGCGAUUAAGGCGCAGGUCCGGUGGGGCAAGACGGGCGAGGCAUUGAAGCAUGUGCUGAGUGACGACGAUGUUGACUUCUACGCAACUGAAUAUGUGGAUAGCGCACUACAGGCAUGGAAGGGUGUUCUACAGGUUAAACUCAAGUAG